CGAACAAGGUGACAUCACUGUCCAGGUCCCUGACACAUUCGUUGAUGAAAGCAAGGAAUAAUCUAGGACCUAAAACUGAACUCUGUGAAUCAGCACUCACCACAGGUAUCCCCGAGGAUUGCUGGCGACCGACAUGUUCUCUUUGGGACCGUCCCGCCAAAAGUGUUUUGGAUUCAAAGGAAGAGGGUCCCGCGAACGCCUGCGCUGCGCGGUUAAUGCUGGAGACGUUGAUGGAGGACGCUGUCGACUGCCUUUUUGAAGUCAAUCGUUUAACUGUGUACGAGAAACGUGAGGAGGAGAAGGAAGUGGCGCUACACAUUUACUACAACCUCACAACGCCUUCAUCUGGGGCGGUGGAAUUGGCUGUGUACCAGCACGGUCUUUUUGUAAGAACAGUAAAAGCUGUUUGUCGGAAGGUCAAUUCUGCAGUAGCAGAGGAAUUUUUAAGUGUUGUCGUGGACUACUGUGCGAGUCGACUGGAUAUCGUAGCGGCAAAUACAACAUACACAGAUCCUGUAUUUGGCAUAUUACUAUCGGCCACAACAAAAGAACCGUGA